AUGGCGCAGCUUCUCCCCUACUCACAGCCGACGACGAUAGCUCCUUCCUUGCAAACGACAAUGACGCUGCCUUCAAGUUCUAUCCGCUCAUCUAUAUAUGGUCUUGCUGGCCGUUAUAGCUUUCUAACUUUGUUUUUGCUCAUUUUAAUUGAAUUUUUUCUUAUUUUCAGUGAUGAGAAAGGUCUAUUCUAUGCUUUAGAUCUCGGUGGUACUAAUUUCCGCGUGCUACGCGUACAGCUAGGUGGUAAAGAUCACCAUGUUGUUAGACAAGAAUUUGAUGAGGUUUCAAUUCCACCUGAUGUGAUGACUGGAUCUUCAGAGGGUUUAUUUGACUUUAUAGCCGCAGCACUUGCAAAGUUUGUUUCUGAAGAAGGUGAGGGUUUUCACCCUUCACCAGGUAGGCAAAGGGAGCUGGGCUUUACCUUUUCAUUUCCUGUGAAGCAAUUAUCGAUUUCUUCUAGGACCCUUAUGGUGAUAUGCAUUCUAUUUGAUUCUAACAUGACUAGUUUUCUUUAUUACUAUUUUGCUUUCAUGAUAGUUGUCACACGUGUUGUCGCAAGGAAAGUGAUUUGGAGAAGUGUGUUUGGAAGAGUGGAAAUAGAAGGGUUUCAAGGUAACUGGUUCAGUGUUCAAUGUUUCACAAAGAGAUCAAAGAGAAAAACUUAUGAAAGCUGUUUCAUUAAUUUUCCAAGGAAAGGUCAACAUUCUUGUAAGUUUAAUGACUUAAUUGAUUCAUAAUAAUAUUUAGAAAGGAAUAUAUUUCUGUUAUAUUGCAAUAUUAAAAUUUCAUAUAAACAUAUAUAUAUAGUAUGCCAAUGUAUGUUUUAGGUUUGGUGACUAGUUUUUUUUAGGGAUACACCAAUUUUACCAAGAGAGUCCUUUUUUUAUUUCUAAGAUUCUUGAUAGUAAUCACCAAAAGUAGGCUUUUCCCUAAACAAGGUGAGAAUAUGUUAAAAUUUAUAAUAUUAUUUAUAGACCAUAUCCCUCUCUUUUAGUUAUUUUUGAUAUUACAUAUAUAUGACUGCAUUAAUGCAAAUCUGUUUUUUAUUACUGUGACAAUGCCAUAAAAAAUGUUUAUAUGUGUUUGAUUAUAAAUAUAUUUAAUUAAGUGUUUGUCCUGAAAUUAAAUUAUAAGAAAAAUGUUAGUCUAGUUUUUCUUGUGGUCUUAUAUUGGUUACAUGCUGUUUAGUUUUCGAAGAUAUUUAGUUUUUGAUUCCAUAUUGAAAGAUGCAUAUUUAGUAUAGUUAUUCAAUCUUUCACUUGAGAAAAAUUAGGUCAUUUUUAUUGGAAUAAUGUGUGUUAACUAAUUAUAAGAUUGCAAAUUUUUUUUUCAAAAAAAAAAAUAAAAAUUAUCUGUAUAUAGUCUACAUAGUAUCAAAAAAAAAAAAACAGUAUCCAUUUAUCAAAACAUUUAAAUAAACAAACAAUAUACCUUAUUGUGAUCAAGUCCUCCAAUUGCCUCGAUUUGGAAAUUUUCCUUCAAAAAUGGCCUCACACACCUAUUAUAAAGAAAUUUAUGUUAUUCAUCAUAAAUUUCAAUCAGUAUCCACACAUAUCAUACAUACAUUACUAUAUCUAAUCUAAACAUAUAAAUAUACAUUAUACCUUUUUGUCUUUCAGUCCUUGUUUUUCAAAGCUCUUCAAUCCAAAAAUCUUUACUUUUCAUAAUAAUAUAUAGAUAUAGAUAUUGAGGUUUCGGAUGAGUUCUAUUUUUUUUUGGCAGAAAUAUAUUGACAGAAGGAAGGAUAGAUCGACAGAACUAUAUAUGGGGAGAUAUUUAGGUUUUAUUUAGGGUUUUAUUAUUUUUAAAUAUAAAUAUCUUAAAUAUUUUAAUGAUAUAUAAUCUCUUUUUUAUUCUUAUUUUUUUUUCAUCUGGCAAUUUUAUUGUUAUUCAAAUUCAAAUUCAUCCUAAUAUCUAGCUUUAAAAUAGGUUAGUUAGUUAGAAAAUAACGUAUCAGUUUGUUUAAGUAUAAUAAUUUAUUGUCAAUAAAAAUUAGUAAAUAAAACAAUUAAAAUUUCUAAAACCUUCCCAUAUUAAAAUCAGUAAAUCUUUCAAUCAGUAAAAAAAUAUCAUGUACUUACUCAUGACUGUGUCUAUAUAUAUAUUUAUAUAUUUAGUUCUGUUCUAGACCUACCUAAUAUAUACGUACAUCUCUCACAACAAAACAUCCUCACAACUACAAAUGCUACUACUCUUUCUCUCUUCUAUUCUUCUACAUUUCUCUCACAUUUAUUUAUAUAUUAUAAAUUUAUAUACAUCAAUCGAUCUCUUUGAAGAGAAAAAAAAUGAGUAGGUUACAACUAUUAUGCUGCUGAGUUACCAUCGUUGUCAAUGAGUCUAAAAUAAUAUUGGUAGAAGUUUCUUUCUCUGCCAUACAUAUAUAUAUAAAUCUCUCUCUGACUUAAAAGUUUCUAUUUUUUUAUUUUAUUUUUUUCAAUGGCCAAUGGUCUCUCUGUUAUGUGUUUUUCUUGUACUAUUGGUCUUGGUUAGAAAUGGAAAAGCAGCUGGUCGUUUUGACCCUUGGGAGUCAAAUAAUAGUUUAUCAAAGUGGUGAAGGUAUAUUCCUUACUGUUUAAUACAUAAAGUAUGUAUAAUCAUUCAUAUUAAUGUGGCAAUGAGAGUCAUCAGGACUAUUAUGAUAAUGGUUGUCAGGUUGUGAGAAUGUUUGGCUGAUAUUAUUAAUAUAAUAAACAAAUAUUUGCACAGGAAGGACAAGUGGGAUGUUGGGAGUCCUACACACUAUUUAUUUUAUUUUAAUUAAGAGAUAACUAUGUGUCAAUCGCAAUGCUCCUUAAUUAAUAAAUGGUUCAUGAAAAUCAUCCAUAGGGAAUCGGUUUGUGCAAGUUCUUAAUAUAUAUGUUUUGAUUUAAUUAAUUUUAGUGAGCACGACUAGACUGAGUUUAAUGAUAUUGAUAAUGUGAUUG